UCCAAGCCGCCGUAGUGCUAGCGACGGUCGGCUUGGUGAGCAAUGGACCUGGUGGGCGGUGGCAGUGACUGCCCCAACUCCUUCUCUGCAGACCCACGAAGCACCUUCGUGUUGAGUAACCUAGCCGAGGUGGUGGAACGCAUACUUACCUUCCUACCUGCGAAGGCGUUGCUGCGGGUGGCUGGAGUAUGCCGUUUGUGGAGGGAGUGUGUGCGAAGGGUGUUGCGAGCCCAUCGGAGUGUAACUUGGAUCUCUGCGUGCCCGGCGGACGACAGCCACCUGGAGGGACAUUGCUUGGUCCGCGUGCUAGCAGAGGAGCUUGAGAAUGUUCACGUCUUACCACAGACAGUUCUCUACAUGGCAGAUUCAGAAACUUUUAUUAGUCUGGAAGAAUUUCUUGGCCACAAGAGAGCAAGGAAAAGAACUAGUAUGGAAACAGCAUUUGCCCUUGAGAAACUAUUUCCGAAACAGUGCCAAGUCCUUGGGAUUGUUACCCCAGGAAUUGUAGUGACUCCAAUGGGAUCAGGCAGCAAUCGCCCUCAGGAAAUAGAAAUUGGAGAAUCUGGUUUUGCUAUUUUAUUCCCUCAAAUUGAAGGAAUAAAAAUACAGCCUUUUCAUUUUAUUAAAGAUCCCAAGAAAAUUACACUAGAAAGACAUCAACUCACUGAAGUAGGUCUUUUAGAUAACCCUGAACUUCGUGUGGUCCUUGUAUUUGGGUAUAAUUGCUGUAAGGUGGGAGCCAGCAGCUUUUUGCACCGAGUGGUCAACACUUUCAGUGAUAUGAAUAUCAUUUUGGCUGGAGGCCAGGUGGACAACCUGUCAUCACUGACAUCUGAAAAGAACCCUCUGGAUAUUGAUGCCACUGGUGUAGUUGGACUGUCAUUUAGUGGACAGCGAAUCCAGAGUGCCACGGUGCUCCUCAACGAGGAUGUCAACGACGAGAAGACAGCUGAGGCUGCGCUGCAGCGCCUGAAAGCCGCUAACAUUCCAGAACACAAUACAUUUGGCUUCAUGUUCGCAUGUGUAGGCAGGGGCUUUCAGUAUUACAGGGCUAAGGGGAAUGUUGAGGCUGAUGCAUUUAGAAAGUGUUUUCCUAGUGUUCCCUUAUUUGGCUUCUUUGGAAAUGGAGAAAUUGGAUGUGAUCGGAUAGUCACUGGGAACUUUAUAUUGAGGAAAUGUAAUGAGGUAAAGGAUGAUGAUUUGUUUCAUAGCUAUACAACAAUAAUGACACUUAUUCAUCUUGGGUCAUCUAAAUAAAGCCACCUUUAAAGUGGCUUUCAUAA